CGUCUCUCUUAAAAAAAUCUGAUGUCAUCUCGCCGGCAAUAUUUUUCUCUCUGUAUAUUUCAUUGCAAUUACAUUGAAUUGCAAGACAAACCGAUGCCCGCUAGCAAAUCGUGAAGGUUUAGAUUGCAUGUUUCUGUCUCUAGCAUGCGUUUAUUGUACGUAUGGGGCAGCGGAUGUAGACGUCUUUUUUGGCUGGAUCAAGGAGGACGUUUAUAACACAACAGGUUAUUAGCGUUUCUUUAAAGGAUUGGAAAGAAAAGACAGUCAUGUCUGCGAGAGAAAGGCUAAAAGAGAGGAUGACUAAAGAAAGCGUGACAUUGCUGCCUUGCUUUUAUUUCGUGGAGCUUCCUCUCCUGGUCUCAUCUGUGGUCAGCGUGUAUUUCUUAGAGUGGACGGACGUUUUCAAACCGGUCCGCUGGGGUUUCAGCUGUCACGACCGGAGUCUGAGUCUGCCUUAUAUCGAACCUACACACGAGGUCAUUCCGUUCCUCAUGCUCCUCAGUCUGGCCUUUGCUGCACCUGCCAUUACGAUCAUGAUCGUAGAGGGGAUUCUGUUCUGCUGUCUGUCCCGAAUGCAAUGCAAAGGCGGGGCCGAAGCAGAUAUCAACGCGGCCGGCUGCAACUUUAACUCUUUCGUCCGGCGAGGUGUCAGGUUUGUGGGUGUUCAUGUGUUUGGACUAUGUGCCACUGCUUUGAUUACUGACAUCAUCCAGCUGUCGACAGGUUACCCCACCCCUUACUUCCUGACUGUCUGCAAGCCAAACUACACCCAUCUCAACACUUCAUGCGAUGAAAGUUUCUUCAUCCUGGAGGACAUCUGCUCAGGAUCUGAUGCUGCUGUCAUAAACGCGGGCAGAAAAUCCUUCCCGUCACACCACGCCACACUUGCCUCCUUUGCUGCAGUGUAUGUCUCUAUAUAUUUCAACAGCACGGUGACGGACUCAUCCAAACUGCUGAAACCUCUGCUGGUCUUCUUCUUCGUCAUCUGUGCCAUCAUCUGUGGUCUGACUCGCAUCAUUCAGCACAAGAACCAUGCUGUUGAUGUUUACUUGGGCUUCCUGCUUGGCGGGGGAAUCGCUGUUUACCUGGGUCUGUAUGCUGUAGGAAAUUUCCAACCCAGCGAGAAGCAGACAAUUCAGCUUCACAAUCGAGAUUCUCACCGAACUAUGACCGAUCCCUGCCAGCAGAGUCGCCGCCUCCCUGCCAAAAGCUGCAGUGGCAGUGACGGCCUCUCGUCUUCCUGCUCCGAUGGCAUCUUGCACCGUAACACCCAGCACCAUCAGGCCGGAUCUCUCGGCAAUCUCAAGAGAUCUGGUGGAGAUGUGGAGGUCAUCAGCCCUCGCAGUCCUCCACUCAAGGACAACAUGGUGACCUUCAGCAACACCCUUCCCAGAGUACACAUGCCCUCCAUGGACGAUUCCACCCUCCGCAACGCCACUAUCCACAUCAGCUCUGUGGAUUCGAGCCGAUCCAAGCAGCUGUUAUCGCAGUGGAAGAGCAAGAACGAAAAUCGUAAACAUUCCCUGCAUGCCAUGGAAGUCGGGGCAGGGCAGUCCUCUUUAAACAGCAUGGAGACUCGGUGCAACUCUGAGCCGUCGGCUGUGGGUAUCAACGGUGAACAUCAAGGACCUGGAACUCCGUAUCAAAAAAUGGCCACUGGAAGUACGAACCCUACCGGGAUCGCUGGAGGCACACGGAUGCCCAUGCAGCCUCGGCCUGGUUCCUCGCAAUUGGUGCACAUCCCGGAGGAGGCGCAAGAAAACAUGGGCGGCGGCAGCAUUCGGGACAAAUGGAUAAAGAGCAUGGAGAGAAGCGCGGAGAAGGGCGAGGUACCGGUGGUCAGGACUAACUCUAACGGCCAACCGCGCAUUAUGCAGGUCAUCGCGAUGUCCAAGCAGCAAGGCCUGCUACAGGGAAGCUCUCCUAGUUCAGAGAGCAGCAGCCACACCAGCUCCACGGCACCGCUGCAGCGCUAUAAGAGUCUGACUGAUGAAUCUGGAAGUCAAGGCAGCUCAGGGACUAUUAUUCGGGUGGAAGCCCAUCCAGAAAACGGUCGGCCGUUAGUGCAUGCUCACUCCACAGAUGGAAGCGGCUCCUGGACGUGGAAGUCCCAGAGCACCCUUAGACAGUCGUUCGAGCUCAAUGACUUGAAUCGGGACUCUGAGAGCUCUGAAUCUGUAAGGGACAGAAGCAGCUCUACGGAACGAAAGAGAAACGGUGUUCCCAAAGUCGUUGCCGUGCCAACCGUCCCCACUGUCUCCACAGCGGGUGCCGGAGAUCACCACCCCAACCAGACCAUUUCUACCAUCCGGGUCACUCCCAUGGAAAUGACAGAGUCAGGCCCAGGGAGCCGUGAUGCAAGCUUACGCAGAAAAACAAGGAUCUUGAUUCCAGAAAGAGGAAACAGCCCAGACAACACCAGGAACAUUUUCUACAAGGGAACGUCUACAACACCAACAUUCAAAGAGUAGUCAGAUAGUCCUUGGCUGUUUAAAACAAUGGAAGAAACUAGAAGACGUUAAAGGGACACUCCACUCGAAAAUAUGCUAAUUUUCCAGCUAAAAAUCAAAUAAUUACC